AUGUCCUCGCUGGAGGCACUCUUGAGCUCGCCGACGGACGUCAUCGCCGAGUGUCCCGUCCUUGGCCCCAGCGAUGUGCGGGUGGUGGUCGCCAAUCUUGAGGUCAUCUUGAACAAGUGCCUCUACAGCGUCCGCCGGGCGCUGCCCGGUCCAUUAGAGGUGCUGCUCAUCGUUAUUGGUGACGCCAGCGACCUUCAGGCGAGUAAAGUGUGCGCCGGCCUGCUGCAGCCCGCCGAGGAGGGCACGUGUGCGGACGUCUUUUGCGACUUGGCGGAGCAGCUGCUGGCGCGUCGAGCCGCGGUCAUUCGCCUGCAGUUCGAUGUGGAGGUCUUCUUCAAGGUGAUGCAGGUGUUUUGCUGUGCCGCGUCGCUCAAGGACCGGCUCGGCGCACGCCUUGGUGAGGUGCUGCUGGGCUUCUUAAAGGACGUUGACAUGCAUGCCGACGACUACCGCGUGCACCGCAACUGCUGCAGCGCCCUCAUCUCUCUCCUGCGCGGGUCGCAGGAGAACAAGAGUCGCCUUGGCCCCGAGUGCGCCACGAUCGCCGCCUGCCUCGACGCCUCCAGUGACUUCUUCUUCCAGAUGCAGUGCGUCGAGGUGCUCUACCGGCUGUACAAGCAUCGUAACUGUUUCUUAGCCCAUGCUGCGGCACCGGCCAACGCGAUGACGUUGGGUGUGGCCAUCAACCCAUCUCUGCUGCGAGCCAUCGAGGCGCUGCCGAAUGACAGCACGCUUCUGCACUGUAUACAUCAACUGUUAGACAGCUACAACCGUGACGUGCACCCAGACAAGGUCAUAGCAUUUUCGGUUCUGCACAUCGAGGUGGCUGGCGUGACGAUGGCGCGCGCGACGACGCUGUACUUCUCGCCGCUAUUGUUGGUCGUGCUGCUUCCCGACACCGGUAGCAGCAGCAGCAGCAGCGGUGGCGGUGGCGGUGGCGGUGGCGGCUACCUCACAAUCCCCUACGAGCACGUCCGCUCCGUCAAGUUGACGAAGGACCACAAGCUGGAGCUUCGCCUGUAUGUCAUCCCACCAAAGCUGUCACACGUGAUGAGCUUGGCGCAGGAGGGGAGGGACAAGCUCUACGUUUCGUUGACCCGCGCCACAAUGCGCGAGCUGCGCACUUCUAUCGUGCAUGAGUGGGUAGCAGAGCGGAAGCGCACGGCGCCGCGCCGUGUGACGGCGCUGGUACCACCACCCCCGUCACGCCGCACGGAGGCGGCAAGAGCUGGCCAUGCCUUGCCCUCCACCUCGUCAACUUCACCCGCACCGCCAUCGUCAUCGCACGCGAGCAGCAGCCGUACAGGCUCCACCGUGCGUCCGCCGCUGACGACGACCAUGACGGAGCGGCCGGUGAACACGCAUCAGGGCGUCGGCUUAGACAGUCAUCACCAAGCACUCGCGCGGCCCAAGGCGCCGCACCCUCAGUUCGUGGUGCCAGUGCAGGAGCAGCAGCAGCAGCAACAGCACCAGGCUCAACAGGAACAGGGCGGACCAGCGUACAUGAACAGCAGCGGUGACUACGCCGCCGCGGACGAGGAGGCAGGGGGGCAGUGCGAGCGCCCAUGCCUGGAAGAGGUACACCGUGCUGCCUCACUGAAGGCGAUGCGGUACCGUGAGGAGCAGCACGAGGCGCUGCAGCACGCCGUGGACUCGGCGAAAGAGGAGUUGGAGGCGCUGCAUCGCUGGAGCGCGCGAGAGCGUGACCAGUACGAGGUGCGCUUCCGUGAAGACAUGGAAGUGAUACGGCGGUCGGAGGCAGUGCUGAAGGAGAGCGCCACGGACUGCGUGCGGGCGUUGAACGCGGAACUGGAGGACGUGCAAGCCCUCGGCGCUCUCCUGAAGGGUGAGGUAGACAAGCUGCGGGAGCGACUCGCCAAGUCGCUCGGCAAGUCGGAGGGCGUCGAGGAGGCGCUCCUAACGCGGAUCAAGCACACGGUCGAUGCCCAGAUGCGCAGCAUCGAGGCGACGAUGCUCUCAGUGGACUCGGCGGCCUCCACCCCCGCCACCUCGACGGACGUCGGUGGCGGCUCAAUCAGCGACGUCUCAAACUACAUUGCACAGCAGAUGCAGGCCAUCAGCAGCGGCGCGGUGGUGGUGGGUGCCGCUGGUGCUCGAGCGAGCACUGCUGCUGCUGCUGCUGGUGGGGGUGCGGUCAUCUCCUCUGCACGAGGCACCGGCAGCGGGCGGGCUGGGAAGGGACGGCAUGAGCCGCAGCCGCUGAAGGAGCGCCGCCUGGACUACUCGUGA